CAGCUAAAGAGGAAAGCAAACAACUUAAACAACAACAGGAAAGUACAAAAAGAAGAAAAACCAAUGAUAACAAAAUAGAAGAAAAUAAGAAAAAUAAGGAAGAGGAAAACGACAGCCAGCAAGAUAAGUACAAUACAGAACAAGAGAAAGAGGAAACAAGAAGCAAGAGAAGAACAAAACAGGACAAGACAAAGGAGAAAGAAAAUGCGAAAAAACACAAUGACACAAGAGAGCAACGAUAA